UAUGAGUGACAAACAUUGCAUUUGUAGUGGGGGAAGGGGUCGCUGAAGUUGACGGAACCGCCAUCUUGAAAAGUGCUUUGAGCUGAGCUCCUCUUUUCGCGCCGUCAGAGUCAGUUUUAAACGCGUUAUUUUCUUUACCGGGGUUCCGUGUUAUUCAUGUGUUCGUACUGUUUAGGCCCGGAGGUGAUGGGAAGAUAAAUUGCAUGCUGGAGACUCGCCGUUUACCGUUGUCUAUAGUACAUCUACUGGGGGUAGACAGCUGUUGCUGUGUUAAUACCUGUAAAAGGGAAAAGAACGUGAAAAUACUAGGUGUGUGCUGUUGAAUUGCUGUAUGUGUGCUGUUUGUCAGUCUGUCCCUCAUUGCUUGCUUGUCUCCGUCUGGCGUGCCUGGAAUGGGCCAAAACUCCCAAAGACUAGAACAUAACUCUUUUUAACCCGAGCUCCGCCAGCUGGACUCCAACACACUCAAAGAGCCAACAUGUUUUGGAAAUUUGAUCUCCACACCACAUCCCACAUUGACACUCUGCUAGAGAAGGAGGAUGUGACACUGACGGAGGUGAUGGAUGAGGACGAUGUCCUGCAGGAGUGCAAGGCCCAGAACCACAAACUGGUUGACUUCUUGCUGAGACCACAGUGCAUGGAGGACCUUGUCACCUUCAUCACACAGGAACCCAGUGCUGAUGUUGAAGAGAAGGUUAAAUACAAGUAUCCCAACAUAUCCUGUGAGCUUCUUACAUCAGAUGUGGGCCAAAUCAAUGACAGAUUGGGAGAAGAUGACAAACUGCUGAUGAAAUUGUAUGGCUUCCUCCAGAAUGAGCCACCUCUUAACCCACUUCUGGCUAGCUUCUUCUCCAAGGUCCUGUCCAUUCUAAUAGGGCGCAAACCUGAACAGAUAGUGGAUUUUUUGCGAAAGCGGGAAGACUUUGUAGACUUGAUGAUCAAGCACAUUGGGACAUCUGCAAUCAUGGACCUGCUGCUGAGAUUGCUCACCUGCAUUGAACCACAACAGCUACGACAGGAUGUUCUCAACUGGCUGAAUGAGGAGAAGGUGAUUCAGAGAUUAGUGGACAUGGUACAGCCUUCUCAAGAUGAGGAUAGACACUCCAAUGCCUCCCAAUCGCUGUGCGAGAUCAUCAGACUGAGCAGAGAUCAGAUGUUUCAGGUCCAGGGUUGCUCAGAGCCUGAUCCACUUCUGGCCACACUUGAAAAACAGGAGACGGUGGAACAGCUCCUGUCUAAUAUCUUCAGCAAGGAGAAGAAUGAGUCUGCAAUUGUCAGUGUUAUCCAGAUCCUCCUCACGUUGUUUGAGACAAGGAGACCAGCGUUUGAGGGUCAUAUGGAAUGCCCUCCUGGGAUGUCCCAUCCUUCAUUCUCAGUCAACCACAGCAUACUGGAAGCUGUGAAACCACAACUCAAAGAUUUUCACCAGCUACUACUGGAACCCCCAAAGAAGAGUGUCAUGAAGACAACAUGGGGAGUGCUGGACCCUCCGGUGGGCAACACCAGGCUCAAUGUGGUCAGACUGGUGGCUAGUCUUUUGCAGAGCAACACGCACAGCAUCAACAUAGAACUCAUUAGCCUCAACACACUGGGAGUAAUACUAGACAUGUAUUUCAGAUACAUCUGGAACAACUUCCUCCACAUUCAGGUGGAGAUCUGCACAGCCAUGAUUCUGGCUAUGCCCCCUGCCCCUGCUGACAUCCAGCCAGACACAGAGCAGGAACAUGCAAGGGAGAGCAUCCUCAUUAAACAUCUCUUUCAAAAGUGCCAGUUUAUACAGAGAAUCAUGGAUGCCUGGAGCUCCAAUGAGAAGGAACAGGCGAAUGGUGGUCGGCGACGGGGCUACAUGGGUCAUCUCACCAGAAUAGCCAACUCUGUAGUUCAUAACUGUGACAAAGGCCCUAAUGGACCGCAAAUACAACAGCUAAUUUCUGAGCUCCCAGCAGAGGACAGAGAGAAAUGGGAGGCCUUUAUAUCUGUACAACUGGCUGACAUAAACAAGAGAAACACUGUCGACCUGGUGAACACACACCACAUCCAUUCUUCCAGUGAUGAUGAGGUGGACUUCAAAGACAGUGGCUUUCACCAGGAUUCCUCUCUGCAACAAGCCUUUUCUGAUUAUCAGAUGCAACAAAUGACGUCCAAUUUUAUUGAGCAGUUCGGCUUCAAUGAUGAAGAGUUUGCUGAUCAGGAUGAUGUUGUGGAUAUUCCCUUUGAUAGAAUAUCAGACAUCAAUUUUUCACUGAAUACAAAUGAAAGUGCAAAUAUAGCUUUGUUUGAGGCACGCUGCAAGGAGAAAAUCCAGCAAUUUGAAGAUGCUGGUUCCGAUGAGGAGGAUAUCUGGGAUGAAAAAGAUAUCACUUUCACACCAGAGGCACAAAGACGCCCCAGGAGUUCAGGCAGCACAGAUAGUGAGGACAGCACAGACUCAGAAGAGGAGGAUGUGAAGAGAGUUUCAUUUGAAGCUUCCAACCCCAGUACAGAUGACAGAAUGGAAGUCGACACAGGGCCAGUGUGGACAGCGAACUUUGAUGACAUCCCCAUGGACACAGGGACAUCCACAGCUCCAGCCUCCAGCUCAAACAACCCUCCUGCCUCCUGUCCUUUGUCCUCCUCUUCCACAGAACUGCCACCAGAGGCAGCAUGGAGCUCCUCUCCUACUGCCUCCAAUUCUGAAACAGGGUGGGCUGACUUUUCCAACUUUGUGCCUGUCAGCCCCAAAGACCCUUUGAGGUGUAACUCUCCUGUUGCUAUGGAGACCAGUAUGGAGACAAUGGAUCCUCUAGGGGCCAAUGCACCCAUGCAGCCUGAAGAUUGUGAUGGCUGGAUGGGAACCAGUGUGGCUCCUCUGUCCACUUCAGCUAAGGAUUGUGGGAGGUCUAAAGCAGAGGCAGAAACAUCCUGUUGUGAGCAGCGGAGCAUCACUGAGACGGUCAUCAAUGGCUCGAUGAAAGAAACAGUAAGCCUGACUGUUGAUGCCAAGACUGAGACUGCCAUCUUCAAAAGAGUGUUGAAAUCAUAUCGUGAUGAGGAGAUGAGUGCUUCAUCAGAGAAAUACUCAGUAACGGAGUGUGUUGAUUUGGAGAGAACAGGUGUCAACAACUCAGCUGCAGCCUGCUGUCUCAAAACAGGCAGUGAGAAGUGUCGGUCUACUGUGGAGAUUCCCAAUGGUCCUCUAGAGGAAAUGUCGGCCAUAGAGGAUGCCAAACUGGACCAGAAUGCUGUGCUCUCUGAGCCAACUGUAAAUGGGCCAGCAUGAAGGCCGCUCAAUGCCAGCCAGUGGCCAGCCUGUUCUGUGAUGUAGGGUGCUCCUUCUGGUCAGUCAGUGGAAGCCAAUGCUCAGAACUGUACCAACCACAUGCCCCCACCAGGACCAGCAAUACUCCAAUCGGCUCAUCACUGACAGACAGAUGUACAGACACAGGAAGAACUGAAAAGCAAAAUGACAUAUUUAAAUUUUUCUGCAUUUGUUUAUAUACUAUUGUUCUUAUGAGGUGAUGUGCAGCUGAUAUCUUGCUACUCAAAAUUAAACAGUAAUGUUGCUAUAGUUAAAAAAAGAUUGUACGAUUAAGAUAAUUUUAUAAAAAGGAAAAUAUAUACAAAAAAAUGAUGAAUUACCACAGAAAUGGGGAAAAUCGAUGACCCACCCAACCACAAACAGCUGUUAUUGGCUAGAUCUGUUAUCCUGCAUAAGAGUCUGACACUUAAUACAGUAGCUGUUGCAUUUAAAAUUUUCAUCCAUUGUUCAUCUGUCUCUCUGAGCAAAGCAGCUCCGACAAAUUGUUGCAUUUUAAAAACCACAUGUAAAGUUUUAUUUUCCUUCGGGUAUUAUACAUAAAUGUU